AUGCCUCGUCAAUCCCGUAGCCGUGCUUCAGCUCCCGCUGCCCGUUCAGCUCCUGCUCCUGCCCAAACUCGCAGCGCUUCAACAGCCACAGCUCCUUCUAGCUACGCCCCUACCCAUGCACCUGCACCCCCUGCGGCUGCGACCGCUGCUUCUGCUGCUCCUGCCCAGGGUCCAGGAAUGCUCGCCCAGAUGGCUGCCACAGCUGGUUCAGUAGCUGUUGGUUCAACGAUCGGCCAUGGUUUGUCGAGCAUGCUCUUUGGAGGAGGAGGAAGCACACAGGCUUCGGAAGCGCAGGCACCUCCUGUUCAACAACAGCAGCAGGCAGGUAUUAGCUGUGAAGUUCAGGCCAAGGACUUCACAAAAUGCCUCGAGAAGGCUGACCUCCCAUCGUGCACAUGGUACCUUGAGCAAUUGAAGGCUUGCCAAGCCGCUGCUGCCCCUUACUAA